AUGGCUCCAGAAUAUGCUAUGGAAGGCUUGUUUUCAAUAAAAUCAUAUGUAUUUAGCUUUGGUGUUCUCCUACUAGAAAUCAUUAGUGGAAAAAAGAAUGGUAGAUUCUACCUUUCAGAGCACGAUCAAAGCCUUCUCAUAUAUGCAUGGAGGCUCUGGUGUGAAGGGAAGGGCUUGGACCUAAUGGAUCCAAUAUUAGAAAGGUCAUUUGAACCUUCUGAAGUUCUCAAGCGCAUCCAAAUCGGCCUCUUAUGUGUGCAAGAAGAUGUAGCAGACAGACCAACAAUGUCAAGUGUAGUACUUAUGCUUGCAAGUGACUCAGUGAACCUUCCAAGGCCAACACAACCUGCAUUUUCUGUUGGAAGAGGUUUCACGGAGAAAGAGCCUUCAUCAAAAAAUACUACCCAUGACUCCGUCAAUGGAGUAACUAUUUCUGAAGUUUUAGCUAGAUGAUCCUAAGGACUAGACAAGACUUUCUUUCUGUAAGAUUGUGAUGGCA